CACUUGGAGGAGAAUGAAGCUCAAAGAUUUGCAAGUGCGAGGAAAAGUGGCCUGUUCUGAAUUUUGCAUGAACGUCCCUUACCCCGCGUGUGGGGCAGUUCUUGGAAAGUGCGGCCCCUAAUCGGGAGAAGCAUGCAUUCCACGUUUUGCAAUGCCUUUGAUAUGUCAAAAUUGGUUAACUUCAUCUUGCGGCCCGGACGUUGAGACAAUGGUGCUAGGCAACGGCUAUGAGGUUUAACUCAUCUCAAUGAUUUCAUUGGAAACAUGGUGGUAGGGCCUUUGGCAUCUCGGUGUGACGAAAGUACCGGUGCCAUGAUAAUUAUGAAAACUUUGUGAUGAGGGUAAUUUUGUAAAAUCAUGGACGUUGGAAGUUGUAACUACCGAAAAUGAACUAGCAUCUGUACAGGCAGGAGCCUGGAAGCUGGCUUGGAAUCCAGAUCGACAUUAGUUCACGUGAACAAGAUUGUACACGUCUGGAUGGGCUUUGAAGCACUGUUUUUGCCAUGUAUCUCUUUAUGACCUCAAACCUUAUUCGCAACAGUGCGACCGUGUCAUUAGACUGAAAACUGUUCAGUCACAGAUUCAAAAAUCAACUGCAUAGGCUAACCAUUAUUGUUUGAUUUGAAUCGGCGAACGUCACAGAAAAAGAGAUGAAAAGCCAAGUAUCUUGUGUUGAUGAAGAAGACUGUGAAUCUUGUAGAUUGGCAUGUUGUUGGUGGAGAACAGCUGCAAAAUUCGAUGAAUGUGCUAAGCUCAAGCUGUACUUUCCUGACGUUUCCAUUCUAACGCCUAGGCUCAGACUGCUUAGAGAGUUAGAGAGAUGGGCUCUAAUUGCACCUGAUGGACUAAACGAGCUACGGCACAAGCUUCUUGGGUAUCGGUCAGGUGAUUUCUGGGUACCUACUGGAGGGAUGAAGAAGGAAGAUAUGGAUAUUCCUCCAGUGAACACGAUACUCUUGGUGGGAUUCUCUGGCUCAGGCAAGAGCUCGCUUAUAAAUCUUAUGUACAGUAUUCUUGGUCGGUCUGGCCUAAUACCCUUUGCUCAAACAUCAUCAGGAAGUUGUUCCAAUUACACAACCAUGUACAUGGAAGAACAUAACGUCCUGAGAUCAAUGCAAAGUGGUUUCUGUGUUUAUGAUUCAAGAGGAUUUGAUUAUGGUAGAGAAAGAGAGGCUCUUGAAGAACUGUCAUGUUGGAUGAGCGAAGGGAUUCAUCAUAAUCAGCUAUGCCUGAGACAUGGUGACUGUGCAACGAUGACAGACGAUGUGGAGAAUGUUUUCAUGAGAUCAUCUUCAAAAUUCGUGCAGAGAAGAGUGAAUUGCGUGAUAGUUGUAGCUAAUAUAGCAGAGAUUUACAAAGCUUUAAAAGCAGGAGACUUGGAGCCCUUAGAGGCUACCAGACAGCUCUUCUGCUCCCUUGCUUUGCAAAAAAGCAUUGAAAACCCUCUCUUGAUCUUGACACAUGGUGACUUGUUAUCCACUGAGGAGAGGAUAGACGGCAGGCUGAAGAUAUGCGAAUGUCUGGAAAUAUCGGAGACUAACAGAGUUUAUGACAUAGCAUGCCUCACGGAAUAUGGGUUUCUAGUGGAAGAAUCUGAUCCAGUGUCAGCCUAUGCCUUAACUGAAGCUAUAUACAGGGCACUGCUUAUCUCAGAUAGAGGCCACUUUCCAAAGAAGAAAUUCCAUGACUGGGCACUGUUGAUAUUAUUAUGGCUAAUGCGUUUCUUUGGUUUUUGCUUCUCUUUCCUAGCUGAUGUUUGUUCUAAACUCGGACGGAAAGAGAAACUGAGGAUGUAAUUCGAGAGAUCACCAGCUUAACCAAGGAUUUAUUUUGUAAAAUGCAGUGUAUCAUCACUAAAAUAAUUUUCAUUUUAGCAGAUCGGUUUAGGAGACUGAUCUUGAGAUAGGUUAACUCGCUGACUCGACAUGCCAGACCAAGUUGGGACUCUUAGUUCAAAUGUCUAAUUCAUCAUCUGCAUUUACUCACUGAUGUAUUAAUUUCUCACCAUAGUGAAGAAAUAACAUGUCUUUCUGGCAUAGUUUGUAUUUGAAUUUUAUGGUGAUGCACAUAUGCAAUCAGGCGGCUGCCCUCAAUAAGGUUAUGGAUUUUAUAUUGCAGUACGGGAUAUCUUGUGACUGAUCAUGCAAAGAAAACACAACAUAGAUUUUAGAUAGUUUAUAUUUGAAUCAACACCAGAAGAUUAGCACAAUGGGCUAAACAAGUGAUCUUUAUGAGGAUUAGGUUCCAAUUGGGCCCUAAUCUAUAUCACUGAUUCCCAUUUAAGGUUCAGAAAUUUCAAAUAACUUCCAUCUGAAAGAGCAUGGAUUCCACAUCCACACUGCUUUCACUUGCAGCACUUAUUUUCCAGGGAGAACAAGAGAUUGGGCUCAUCCUACUGUUCAUUUCUGUAGUUCUAUCCAUUUCGGCAAUGAGAUUUCCUCGAGCUGUUCUGAAUAAAAACUCAACCGUCAAGGCUAUAUUUUAGACUUUAUAAUCCGCUCUCUGUAAACAGGCACUGUACUAAAAUACAACUAUAUGGUGACUUGUUACAACAUCACUAAAAACCAACAUAAACCAGCUUUUUUUCUCACGAUUUCAUGUCCUC